ACUACCUGGGAGCAAAUAUGCAUGCUAUGCAGUGCAAUCCUUGGCGGGAUCGACAGCAAGGGGAAGGGCAAAGUCAGAGACGACGAAACAAAAGAGGCAGCCACGCGCUGUUUAUGGAUAUUGCUACGAGAGCGAACCGCAGAAGAAGAUCCUAGCAAUACAGCGAUACCCUCACGAGCAACAAGGAUAUUUUCCAGGUUCCAGUCGCACGCGCGAACGCCAACGUUUAUUCCAGUCAUCGGCCAGACUGUGAACUCCCUUCUCAUAGCUGCCGAGUCUUCUCAUAUAUCCCUGCAGCGCUCUUCACUCCAGGUCUUGCAUGUAAUAGUCGAGCACUACCUCGCAGAUGGUUUUGUGCCAUCUAUUCUUCCAGGAGUUGUCAGCACAACGAGCAAGAUCGCACUCGGUGUGGGGGCGUCGAAAGGAUGGGCCAACGGCGAAAUUGUCGCUGCGGCGCUCCUGGUUAUGCGGUCUGUCAUUGUCAAAUCCGUCGGCGACGAUGUCUGCGUCAGAGACGGGGCCAUCCAAAAUAUUGACAGUCUCGAGGAUUUGGCGGACCUCGUCGAUCCACUAGAGCCUAAGCCUGCUCCAAAUUCUGGUCGUACUCCAUAUAUGACUGCUCGCACUCCUGCUUGGCUGCGAGGAAGCGGGACGCAGCUUCACAUCGCGAUGAACGCGCUUACUCCCCUAGUCAACCAUCCGACCCCCUCAGCCCUCCUCGGCCUAUGUGACUUCUCUGAGACAGUCCUCUCUGCCACCACUCUGACUAUACCUCAGUCGCAACCCCUGCUGCUCUCGUUUCUCCUUUCUCUGUCAUGCUCUGCGUACGACAGCGUCUCCGAGAAGGCGGGCAGCGAUCUGAGGCGACUAUUGGCACCCUCAUCGAGCGCAAGGCACGCAUUAUUACAAGUGCUUAUGCAGAUAUCAAGGGACAACUUAGCCGCAUUACCUCGGCUCAUUCCGACCCAUUCUGACGCCAAGGUGGAACAUGCCGCCGGUAUCCUUGAGAGCGUGUGUAGCUUAGCCGUUGCGCAGGAGAGCGCAGAGGGUUCCCGGAUCUCCGCCAUUGCUGUCGGCGUCGGCAAACUUCUUGGACCUAAUGGAGGUAUCGAGAAAUGGGGCUGGAGCCUGCUUUCCGUGCUCGAGUUUGUGGACAACCCGAUCAGUGUCACGCGGUCGUCCGCGACACAACUUUUGCUAGAGAACGAUGCUGCCGCAGCGGACGAAGUCACCUUCCCAGAGCUUACACUUCGGCACGUCACCUCUCGUUCCGCGCAUAUUGCAAUAGAACGUAUGCUCCGUGCAAUGGGUCUCGCAGCAGGGGAAGAUUGCAUUUUCGCUGUCGAAUGGUUCCUGAAUGCUGGACGGAGCGGACGCGGCUGCAGGGCUGUUGCCGCUCUUUGGUGCACCUGCCGGCUGUUGGAGGGUGCCGGCCGGAUAUCCUUGAAUAAUCACGAGGUGGCAGCAAGUGGAAUGUUCAGGGCUAGGUCCAAGAGGGUCGAAAAGCUGGCGCGCAACAUUGCACGACAAAUUGCGGACCUGUGGUCGGACGUGGACGAGGACUGGCCCGAAGAAAAAGCUAAUGUGGCGGCGCCGUUGACAGAGGAGGGUGCUAUCGUUGAACAUGUCAAAGGACUUCUAACGAUCCGAGCUACACCCGACUACGAGCCGUCUUCAGGCCCUCGCAAGAGCCCAGUCCAGCCUAUGCUGCACCGCGCAUUAUCGCUGCAGCUACUGUCCAUCACGGCCGGCAUUCUAGAGGCGCGGUUCACCCCUCUCCUCCUUCACACGCUCUAUCCUGUCCUACACUCCGUUGUGUCUCAGUCUUCCCUGCUGUCGAACACGGCAUUUGCCACUCUGAAUUACAUUACCCGGAGCACAUCCUACGCGUCGCCGGCCAACAUGCUUCUGUCUAAUUUUGACUAUGCUCUAGAUGCUGUCUCUCGCCGUUUGUCACGCCGUUGGCUCGACCUGGACGCGACUAAAGUUCUGGUGGUGCUUGUACGGCUUGUUGGCCGUGAUGUUGUCCAGAAGGCGGGAGAUGUCGUGGAAGAAUGUUUUGACCGCCUUGACGAAUAUCACGGCUAUGAAAUGCUCGUCGACGGCCUUGUCGAAGUGCUCUCGGAAGUCGUGAAAGUUAUGGAAGACCAGGACGAUAGCCGGCCACAGCACCAUUCACGCGCUGAUAAUUUACCCGCUGACAUGUCGGACGGCGAAAAAUUCGGCGAGUUUCUAGAGUGGUACGCUCACAGACACGACAAGCCGGACGAGCACGAAAGCUUGCGCGAUAACUCCUAUCCGCGAGACGCAUGGGGUUCCAAAUCGGAAGCGGACGGAGAGCAGGAAAAUUCGAGUCCUAUACCCGACCCGAAUGCAGAGCCAUCACCCAGUCCCUCUCAAAUCUUGACCAAACAGAUCGUCUCCCGCUCUCUCUUCUUUCUCACACAUGGCUCGCCCAUAAUCAGAGCGCGCAUUUUGAUGCUCCUCAGCGCUGCAGUUCCUGUCCUUCCCGAGUCCGCAUUGCUUCCCUCCGUUCAUCAUGCCUGGCCAUUCAUUCUGAAUCGUUUCGCCGAUCGCGAGAAUUUUGUGGUCAGUGCCGCAGCAUCGCUCGUGGAGUCCCUCGCUACGCACGUCGGAGAUUUCAUGCACCAGCGCGUCUGGGAUGACAUCUGGCCGCGCUUUCGCACCAUUUUACAGAAGCUCAGCGCUGCAGACACAACCAAUGCACUGGCAUGCCGGGGCAAUGGCGCCGUAGGCACUGAGUCGGCGUAUACAUACUCGCACCGCCUUUACCGAUCGGUACUGAGGACUAUGUCCGCUGCAGUUGUGGGCGUUCAGCCGCAGGAUUUAGCGGUUUGGGAGGUUGUACUCCUCUUCCGCCGGUUUUUGCAUAGCCACGCGCAUGACGAGCUGCAGGCAUGCGCUCGGGACUUGUACACUGCCAUCGCUAAGAACAACGCAGACGCCGUGUGGCUAGCCAUGUCCGCGACUCAGGGUCAGAUUGACGCCUCUACGGCGUUUCUAGCUCAGAAGAGUUGGGACAUCGACGCGAACGUAGCGCUGAUAUUCAAGCAUGACUCGUAG